AUAAUAUUAAAAUGUGGAAAAUUGCUUUGUGUUUAGUUGCAUUCCAAGUGAUCUUGGCCCAGGAAGCUGGUGAAAUUCCUGAAUAUAUCAAACCCUGCAGACGGGAUGAUCCUGAACUGCUGAAAUGUUUUAUGAACUCACUGGAACAUUUAAAACCAUAUUUGGCUAAGGGUAUUCCAGAAAUUGAGGUACCCUCUGUUGAACCCUUCCACAUGAGUGAAUUGGCCCUGCAGUUGACCGAUGGACCUCAAGGUUAUAAAAUCACAUUGAGAGAUAUGGAAGUGUUUGGUGCCAGUAAUUUCGAUGUGAAAUCAAUGAAAUUGAGUGAAAAUGGUGAACCUUUCACAGCACAAAUUAUUAUGCCCAAAUUGAAAAUUGAAUCGAAAUAUAUUAGUUCGGGUGUUUUGCUGAUUAUUCCCGCUUCCGGUGGUGGUGAUUUCCAUGCCGUUUUUGAGGGUUGCAAGGCCAAUCUCACCGGCAAGGUUUCCACACCAGUAAGAAAUGGCAAAACCUAUUUGCAUUUAGAUGCCUUCAGCAUUACCCUGGAUGUGGAAAAGGCCAGUAUGUCUAUCUCAAAUGCCUUCAACAAUAAUCGUAUUUUACUUGAAGCCACCAAUUUAUUCUUGCGUGAAAAUGUCCGCGUUGUCCUCGAAGCUAUGCAACCUCAGUUGCACAAAAAAUUAGCCAUGGAAUUUGGCAAAUUGACCAAUCAGUUCCUGAAACAUGUACCCCGUGACUGGUUCUAUGUGUAAAUUUUAUGA